GUUUGGACGUUUUCAAAGUGGGAAGUGGCAAAGACUGAAACAUUAGCACAGAAUGAAUAUACAGAAGUGUUGGUGGGGUGGAACGGUUGGCUGCAGCCGCUGGAAACCUGCUUUGCUGCAUUGAAGUGAUGCAGCUUGAGCUGUUGAUGAGCAUCUUCACGUGAGCUUCUGGCUCAGCAGUAAUCCGCACCUGGGUUCACAUAGGUGCAGAGUCAUAUGCAGGAAGCUUGGCUAAACCACGCCAGCUCCUGGGAGCCUGCAGCCCCGUCUCGUCCCUCCUGAGACGUCUUCGCUCCAGGACCCAGGGAUCCUCGGGUGACAAGGUGACAGUCCUCACGCCAUAGUCCAGGUUUGAGCCGCAGGAUGGGGUGCAAGGCGCUGGUGGGCAUCGGGCAGCAGAUGCUGCGGCGGAAGGUGGUGGACUGCAGCUGGGAGGAGAGCCGGCUGUCCCGCUGCCUCAACACGUUCGACCUGGUGGCGCUGGGGGUGGGCAGCACGCUGGGGGCCGGCGUCUACGUGCUGGCCGGGGCCGUGGCCCGGGAGAACGCGGGGCCCGCCAUCGUCAUCUCCUUCCUGGUGGCCGCGCUGGCCUCCGUGCUGGCCGGCCUCUGCUACGGCGAGUUUGGCGCUCGGGUCCCCAAGACGGGCUCGGCCUACCUCUACAGCUACGUCACCGUGGGUGAGCUCUGGGCUUUCAUCACCGGCUGGAACCUCAUCCUCUCCUACAUCAUCGGCACUUCGAGCGUAGCCAGAGCCUGGAGCGCAACGUUUGACGAGCUGAUUGGCAAACCCAUCGGGGAGUUCUCGCGGACGCACAUGGCCCUGAACGUGCCCGGGGUGCUGGCCAAAAACCCGGACAUAUUUGCCGUGAUCAUAAUUCUCAUCUUAACAGGACUGCUGACCCUGGGCGUGAAGGAGUCGGCCAUGGUCAACAAGGUCUUCACGUGUGUCAACGUCCUGGUCCUGGGCUUCAUCAUGGUGUCGGGAUUCGUGAAAGGAUCCAUUAAAAACUGGCAGCUCACGGAGGAGGAUUUCCAGAACACAUCUGGCCGCCUCUGCCUGAACAAUGACACGGAGGAGGGGAAACCUGGUGUCGGGGGGUUCAUGCCCUUCGGGUUCUCCGGUGUCCUGUCGGGGGCAGCCACCUGCUUCUACGCGUUCGUGGGCUUCGACUGCAUCGCCACCACAGGGGAGGAGGUCAAGAACCCCCAGAAGGCCAUCCCCGUGGGCAUCGUCGCGUCCCUUCUCAUCUGCUUCGUCGCCUACUUUGGGGUGUCGGCCGCCCUCACGCUCAUGAUGCCCUACUUCUGCCUGGACAAGGACAGCCCCCUGCCAGACGCCUUCAAGCACGUGGGCUGGGAGGGCGCCAAGUACGCAGUGGCCAUCGGCUCCCUCUGUGCCCUUUCCACCAGCCUUUUAGGGUCCAUGUUUCCCAUGCCUCGAGUUAUCUAUGCCAUGGCUGAAGAUGGGCUGCUGUUUAAAUUUUUGGCCCAGAUCAACGAUAGGACCAAAACACCAAUAAUCGCCACGUUAACCUCAGGUGCCAUUGCCGGGGUGAUGGCCUUCCUCUUCGACCUGAAGGACCUGGUGGACCUCAUGUCCAUUGGCACCCUCUUGGCCUACUCUCUGGUGGCUGCCUGUGUGCUAGUCUUACGGUACCAGCCGGAGCAGCCUAACAUGGUAUACCAGAUGGCCAGGACUAGUGACGAGCUCGACCCAGUCUACCAGAACGAGUUGGUGAGCACCAGCGAUUCCCAGAUGGGCUUUUUACCAGAAGCAGAAAAAUUUUCUCUGAAAACCGUACUCUCACCGCAAAAUACAGAGCCUUCCAAAUUCUCUGGGCUAAUUGUGAACGUCUCAACCAGCCUCAUAGCCCUGCUGGUCAUCACCUUCUGCAUGGUGGCUGUGCUUGGCAACGGGGCCCUGGUAAAUGGGGAGCUGUGGGCAGUCUUCGUGCUCGUGGGCUCCGCCUUCCUCUGCUGCGUGGUCACAGCCAUCAUCUGGCGGCAGCCCGAGAGCAAGACCAAGCUCUCGUUCAAGGUGCCCUUCUUGCCGGUGCUGCCGGUCCUGAGCAUCUUCGUGAACGUCUAUCUCAUGAUGCAGCUGGACCGAGGCACGUGGGUCCGGUUUGCAGUGUGGAUGCUGAUAGGCUUCUUCAUCUACUUUGGCUAUGGUCUCUGGCACAGCGAGGAGGCGUCCCUGGCCGCCGACCCAGCAAGGACUCCUGACGGUCACUUGGACCAUUGCAAGUGACGCACAGCCCUGCCCCCAAGGCCCCGGCAGCACCUCGCUCCCCCUGCGCAUGCACGGGACCCGCCCGCACCCAGAGAGCACAGUGCCGCGAUGGGGCGGCCCGCGGCCUGCGUGUCCUGCUCAGGCCGGCUCGCUGGGCCCAUCACCUGGCAGCUCCCAGCUGGGGCCACGGGGCCGAGGCUGCCCACCUGCCUCUGAGCCUCUCUCUGAGCAAGACAGCAGCCCUUCUCCUCGCCGGCCGGGCGCCCCUGCUGCUGCGGCCUUGGGCAGAAUGGAGGUCACCUCCUCUCAUCACCUGAGCGGUCCGGCCUCCCUUCCAGGGACUGUGCUGGACACUCCAGUCCCCGCCUCCCCGCCCAGCCCCGAACAGCCGCCCCAGAUGCCAGCUGAGCACCGCGACACGGUCUGUGCCCAGCUGUGCCGCCCCCAGCCUGAGGACAGCGUGUACUUAGGAAGGAAAACUAGACAGUCUCCUUCUGCUUCUGCUGAGCUGUCUCCGGAGGGCCCGUGAGGACUGCGACCACCCCCCUCCUUCCAGGCGGGGGCUCCGGCCCCCCUCGCACACUGCACACUCGGGCCACGGGACCGGGCUCUGCGCGGGGCCAGGGCAGUGGCCACUCCACCCGGACCUCCUGCGGCCACCAGCCCACGCCCCGGGCCGGUUCCUGCGGCUCUGGCGCCUCUCAGCGCCGGCCGAGUCCUGAGUAACUGGAAUGUGACACUAUUUCUGUAGGACCUGCCUCGAGUGAGCCGAGCGGAGAACAGCGCUUUCUGUGGUCCUGGCUCCGCCCUGAGUCCUCCUCUGCCGCUCGGAGGUCGGUCUCUUGGGUCUCAAGGUCUCCGAGGCCGGCGUCCGCUCAUCCUGAGUGACGGCGUGGCCCUGCAGCUGCUUCUGGCCCCUCUCGUGUCUUAUCCUCACGUGGAGUCCUCCUGUCUGCCGCUGUGAAUCGGUCACUCCACUGAACUCAGCAGGCGCUUAACAGUGGCGCGGCACACGGCCGAGCGAUCACCCCGAACUGUCCAGGGUGCGGGGUCUGCACGUGACACGGUUUGGGGUCACGUUACUGUGCCUCUCGUGUGGGUGUGUGUCGUCCAGACGCUGCGGGUUUGUGUGCGGGUCGGUGACCCUGCCCCGCACCCCUGCCUCGGUGUCUGUGUGUCCCUGUGCACACGGCGCUCCCUCCCGAGGCCCUGGGGACUCUUCUGGUAGCCGGGCCAAGUCUGCCUUCCCGAGAGAGUGUAGUUCAGUAGACGGAAGGGCCCGUGUUGGCAGGUGAGGGGCAGGCAUGUUGGACUCCACGGGAAGUGUAAACGCUGCUUUGGAAGCUUCGCUCCCCAUAUCCUCUCCCUCUGGCCUUUGUCACAAACCUGGUAGAAAGAAGCCUGAUGAACUGAUGGCACUCGGCUUUUCUCCCUCUGCCCCAGAAAGUUCUUGGAGGAAAAUGCAAGAAUGAGUGAAGCAGCCAGUUGGCAGGGUUGGCCUUCGUUGUAGGCUCUGGUGGCCACUCUGGUCGCUCGUGGAAGCUUUAUUCUCAGUGUCACUUGUGAAUCUUCCAGCGGGAGGACUGUAAGAGCCCAAAGCUUGGAUUUCCAAAGAAAGGUAUUUAAUUUAUGUAGCUUGGUGCUUUGCUUGGUACAACAUUGUGAUAAAUAGUAACGUAUUUUGUGGGGUUUGGUGUCUGCCGUCCUCUGGGUCCUCUUGGCUGUUGGUUUGCGUGAUGUGUCUGCUGUUUUUCCACAGAGGCAGAGAGCGCGAGGGAGAGAGGGUGUCCCAGAAAGGUGGCAGGUUGAGGUGUUCUUUCCCUUUUUCGUUCUGGCUGACGUUUCCCCGUGCGACGCCCCCCAGCAGACUGCACGACUGAUGUUUCCGCCAGCAGCGCUCGUGGCUCUCCAGCCAGGAAGGUGUGUCUCAGCAUCUCACGGGGCGAGCGCGUCCCGACACGUGGUCCCCUUCCUCACCCAGAGCCGCGAGGCGCCGCGCAGAAGGGCAGUGGCUGCCUUGAGAAGGCCCCCGCGCUCCCCCCCGGAAAGAGCACCUGGGGUCCCGGGACGGGGCCUGUUGAGAGCGGGUCUUCAUGCCGUUGCCGAGGGUUUUCUCUUCUGUGCGUGGGGCGGCGCCUCCGAAGUCAGUGGGCCUUCUGAUUACACCCCUCCUUCCUGGCCCUGAGCUGGACACGCGCACAAACACGUACACACAGAGACCUGCCAGACAGACACACGGACACAGACACACGGCCAAAAGUAACUGCCGGAAGUUCCCGACGGUUUCACAUCCCAGCCCCUCCCGCACUCGGUUCCACGGCUUGGCUACGUUUUCCUGCAGAGUCAGAAGUUCCACAUUUCCAGUGACGCGCCCUUCGGGGAUACCGCGUCUCCUUUUAUCUGUGCACCAGCCCCAAACGGUCACAUUGGAAAGACCCGCUUGUGAUGGGGAAGCGCCCCUUCCUGCCGCCCGCGGCCCCCUCCCUGCGUGUCCACGGCCUUGUGAAAACCCACACAGGGUCCCCAGGACCUGUGCCAAAGAGUGAGGGGUGCGGGGUCUCCGGAGAGGCAGUGGGCCCCGAGCCACCCCCCGCCCGGCGGGGGGGGUGGGAUGGGGGCCUCGGGCAGGA